GUGCUGGAGGACGCGCGCGCGCAUGGGUACUGCGUGUACACGCACGCCGACUGGGCGCACGCGUACGUGAGCGCGGACGGUGAACACGCGUACGAGAGCGCGUGCGCGUUCGGCGCGGCGCCGGAGGAGCUGCGCGGCGGCACGCUGUAUCGCAUCGGACCCGGGUUGUUUGAGCGCGAGAAGGAGUACGCGCACAUGCUCGACGGUGAUGGUCUAGCGCUGCGAUUCAGGUUUUCUUCAGAUGGCGCGUCGGUGGCGUUUACGUCGCGAUUCGUUCGCACGCGCGAGUUCGCCGAGGAAGACGCCGCGGGCAAGGUGUUGUAUCGAGGAACGUUCGGGACCAUGCGAGAAGGAGGGAUGUUGAAUAAUGCGUUCGAUUUACACACGAAAAAUUUAGCGAAUACGAAUAUCGUGCGAUGGGGCGGUCGCGUGCUCGCGUUGUACGAAGCAGGUCAGCCCGUGGAAGUGGACGCGGAGACGCUCGCUACAAAGGGCGUGGACGAUUUAGGCGGUCGACUCGAGCCGGGACAGUACUUCACGCUCGGGUUACCGGAACCCAUCGGAUCGACGAUCGAACGCUCUGCUGGACUUGGGGGGCGGGCGUUCACCGCACACCCGCACAUUGACUCCAACACCGGAUACUUGGUCGGUUGGGGAUGGAAAUCUCGCAUCACCGCCAAGGCGGUGGAGAUUUCGCUGUGGGAGUGGGAUGAAGAUUGGCGCGAGAUGGGAAGACGCGACUACGUUAUGGAGGGCUGCGAGGCCGCGCCGCACGAUUUCGGUGUGACAGAAAAGUGGUACGUGAUGAUUCAAAAUCGACUCGGCAUCGAUCCUCUACCGUUUCUCGUCGGGGCCAAGGGCGCGGGUGAGUGCCUGAUUUCGCAGCCGCAAGAACCACUCCUCGUGCACUUGAUCCCGCGCUCGACGCAGACGCCGAAUGUGGCGAAACCGGUGGAACCCGUGAUCGCCGAAGGGCCUCGAGAAUCGUUCGAGAUACACGUGGCGCUCGCGCACGACGGGCCACCUUUGAGCCGCGGCGAGACGACGUCGGAAGAUCUCGAGAACUGGGUCACCGUGUACACCGCGGGCUGGGACAAGCUUUCUCCUGGUGUGUUCCUCGGCGAGUGGGGCUCAAGCGACCCUUGGCCGUUUCCAGUGCCCACGGAGUUGAGUCCAGACUUUAACAACAUCCCGAGAACGCUGUUGUGGAUGUAUGAAAUCAACGCCGUCACCGGGGAAGUGAAGCGUCAACCGGCGCCAGGUUGCGAAGAUUUGUGCAUCGACCAUCCGCACGUGUCGCCGUUAUUCGAGGGCAAGCGCGCGUGUCGGUACGUGUACGCUUCGUUGAGUAACGAAGUUCGCGUCAGCGGACCGCCGCUUGGUUACGUGCGCAUCGACCUAAAGACGGGCGAAUUGCAAAAGUGGUACGCGAGCAACCGAAGCUUUUGCGAAGAACCAGUCAUCGUGCCGAAAGCGAACGGCGCAAACGAAGACGAUGCGUGGUUGAUCGGGCUGAUCGCGGACCAUUCGCGGGAGAACCCAGCUGGGAUUUCACGAGUCGUCGUUCUUGACUGCGCCGACAUAGCCGCGGGCCCGGUGUGUAGCAUUCCUCUGCGCAAUAGAAUCCCACACGGGCUGCAUGGAAUGUUUGUCGGUCGAGAAUGA